GCGGAUGAGGUCACUUUARAACAAGUAGAAUAUUAAAAUUAUAAUCAUCGUUAUAAUUUGUAAGAUGAGCGACAACAAUGGUUCUGAAAGUCCAACAGGCUACGCUGCAAGUAUAUUCCUCCCACAAGUAUUUCGUAACAUGAAGAAUGCAAAAUUAUUCGCUGUUGAUAUAGGUGGAUCCCUUGCCAAAGUUGCAUACAUGUCUGACAUACAUCGUAUCAGAAAAAGGCAUCUGAGUUUCUCUGGAGAUGAUGGACACACAGAAUCAAGUACUGCAGUCCCAAUCUAUGAAAUAACAGAUGAGCAAGAAUCAGGAAGGAGACUUCAUUUUAUUAAAUUUGAAACCAAAUAUUUGGAAGGAUGUGUAAAUUUUAUUAAAGAGAAAUUAGAAAAACAAGAUGAUACUGUUAGAGUACUAAAAGCAACAGGUGGAGGUGCACACAAAUUUAAAGAUCUUUUGACUGAAAAAUUAGGAGUGAGAGUUGAGAAGGAAGAUGAGAUGCAAUGUUUGAUCAGAGGGUGUAAUUUUGUCCUCACUACUCUGAAGGAUGAAGUUUAUGAGUUCCGACGAGAUGGAGAUCCUCAAUAUGUAUUCCACCAUCUUGAUCCUGUARACAUCUWUCCGUACUUAUUGGUGAACAUUGGCUCMGGAGUUAGCAUAUUACAGGUCAAUUCARAGGACGAUUUUAAGAGAGUUGGUGGCACAAGUAUGGGUGGAGGUACAUUCUGGGGACUAGGCUCUCUCCUUACUAGUGCCAAGGGUUUUGAUGAACUUUUGGAACUUGCAACUCAAGGACAACACAAGAAUGUAGAUAUGCUGGUUAAAGACAUCUAUGGUGGGGCAUAUGCAGACAUCGGUCUUCCUGCAGACCUUACAGCUUCAAGUUUUGGUAAAGCAGUAAGAUCUUUCAGAGACAGUCAAGAUGGUGACCAUAAAUUUGCCGAUGCUGAUAUUGCAAAGUGUUUACUACAAAUGAUUAGCAACGAUAUUGGGCAGAUUGCAUCCCUCUAUGCUCGUCUAGCAGGAAUCAAGAAGAUAUUCUUUAGCGGUUACUUCAUACGUGGUAUACAGACUACAAUGCAUACGAUUACUUUUGGCAUUAAUUACUGGUCAAAGGGUGAACAGCUCGCUUUGUUCUUACGUCACGAGGGUUAUCUUGGAGCUAUUGGCGCGUUUYUGAAAGGAGCAGAAGAAGAAGGGACUAAGAAAAUAGGUUUGUCACAGCGAUUUUUAUGUUGGGGUGAAAACUAUGCUGGCAGUUCAGGAUUACCGUCUGGUCACCCUUUCCCGGUCCCUCAGCAAAGUAAAACUAACGCCACGGGAGCAGUAAAAGCUACAAAAARCAAGGAGGAGUUUCCCGAGGUGCGCGUUGUCCGCAGUGCAAUGACAAGUUCACCAAAAACUAGAACAACAGUGACUACUGUAACAACAACAACAACAGGAACAACAACAAUAACAAUGUCAGAAACAUCAACUCUUAAAAGAACUGCUACUUUACCUGAAACGACAGCAACUGCAAAAACGACAUURAUUGACUGCGCAAUGGCAAGAAAAAUACUCAAAAAAACUAUAAACGCUUGUGAUGUUCUCGAACUAGACCAGAUUGACCGUCARCUYGUGAUUUUCCCUCUACUUGCAUCACCUUCAGAAUACACUCCCGACACUGAAGACCUAACGGCCGAUAUAAAAGCAAGGACGUACUGGUUAAACUGCUUUAAAGAAGCUUUGAAUUCUGUAGUGAAGAGAGCAGUCGCCAGUCAACCACAAUCACCGGAUGCAGAAGAAAGAGGCGAGAAGUUUCGUGGAAAAUAUCUGAAGUUUUUAGAAAACUUUUCAAAAAAGCCAUUUUCCUAUGGCUCACUCACUGUAAGAAGUUUACUGGAUACGCGGGAACAGUGCUUGGAAGAGUUUCAGUUUUCUGAUCCUUACGCAGAGGUAAAAAAGCAAGAAAACCAAGACGCCAUAAARCAGUUUUCUGAAAGACUGCAGGAGAUUGACAAACUCRAUGGCGACGAGCGACAAAUAGCACUAGUUCGUGGUAUCUUGGCUGGGAAUGUAUUUGACUGGGGGGCUAAAGAAGUUGCACAGCUUAUGGAGAAAAGUUCACUUGGUUUCCAAGCAGCAAUGAACAAGCUUCAAGAGCGGCCAUGGUUGAUAGACGAUCUCGAUCAAUGGAUAAACAAUAUUAAUGAGAGAGUCUACAAGCAGGCAUUGAUAUUUGUUGAUAACAGUGGUGUUGAUAUUAUCUUGGGAAUCUUUCCYUUUGUCAGAGAAUUGCUUUCACGAGGAACUAAGGUUAUUCUAGCAGCCAAUUCAGACCCAGCUUUGAAUGACGUCAUGUAUAGUGAGCUAACCUUUCUAAUACAGGAGAUAGCAGGCUCAUGUCCAGUUAUCAGAUCAGCGAGAGACCGUGGACAACUUGUAGCCAUGGAGACGGGAUCUACGUCACCKUGCCUUGAUCUCAAGAGAAUAGAUGUUGAUCUUGCGACUCAAAGUAAAGACGUCGAUCUCAUCGUCUUGGAGGGGAUGGGAAGGUGCAUCCAUACCAACUUAAAUGCACAGUUUACUUGUGAUUCACUAAAACUUGCUGUCAUAAAGAACGAAUGGUUAGCGAAUCGACUUGGAGGUGCUAUGUACAGUGUAGUAUGUAGAUAUACCAAGGGCCUGAAACUACAUUGAAUGGAAUAGUCACAUCCUUAGGGUGCAUUAUGAAUUUUUUUCACAAUUCAUUUCACUGUAGUUAUUUGUACAUAUCCAGUGUAACUGCCUUGCGGAUACCUUCCGUCAUAAUCGCGUCCAUUGAAUACAACGAUAUUUUAGUCAUUUACAAGCACAAUUGCCUUACCAAAGUCUCCUUCUAUGAGGACAGUGUAUCGGGUACUUUUCAAUGCCUGCCGUUUCAGUAAAUUUCGUGUGUCAAAUUUCGUACAUCUGCAUGCAAUACAGAAAAGCGUUAGUGUGGCGGAGYCUCAUAAUUACAUCUCAAUUUUUAGGAAAAAGAAAGUAUUGUAUUUAAUAAUUCGGCCAUACGACAAUUCUCUCAAAGGUGCGUGACAGUCGUGGAAUAUUGCGUCUUUUUUAAACUGUAUCACCWUAUGUGGCGAGUUGUAAUAUUUCUCAUUAAUCUCACUUGUCGGGGCGAGGCAAGCAMAAGCGRCGCAAGAAAACGGAAUUUCUUGCAUUGUGUUAAUGCUUGCGGYUCACUCGCAUGAACWAUGCUUUAGGAACGUUAUCAAAUAAUGCGAUUAUCCAAACGUUGUCAGAUUUGUAAUGAUAUWAAUUUUUUAAUUUUUUCAAAUCAUGUAAAUAUUUCUUGAUGCAAAUCGUGUAAAUAGAAUAAUAGGUKUUUUUAAUAAUUUCAUACUUACAAGUGUCCUGGGAUUGGACUAUAUUUUAAUAAUGAAUCAUAAUGUGGAGGGGAUUGUUUUGUACAUCUUGGUUUGUUGAAAAUAAAAUUGUUUUUUUCGCAAAAGAAGGUUUGU